AUGCGGAAUGCGAACCUGACAGAGUUCGGCCGCCUGCGCGACCCGAUCCGGACGGACCAUUACCCAGCAUUGUCCGACGACGUGACGGACAUUCGCAGGGUGUGGUACGAUCGGUUCAAGGACCUCUGGACGAGACUCGAGCCGCAUCUCCACGAGAACGACAAGAGAAUCUUCGUCUUGCUGGUGAACAAGAUGGUGCAAUCGAAGCAGAAGCAGUCGUCGUCUGAGCAACUCCUCCCCGGUCAGGACGGGGAGAUGCCCGUCAACUACCGCAAGAACUAUGUCUUUCAGAGCUAUUCGGUGCAACUGCAGUGGAUUCCCUUCAUCAUGGCGCGUUCCAUGUUCGGGUUCAGCGCAGUGUCUGAGGUCUCGGGCGGCAAGACGUUUGCCAAGUUCAAGAAGUACUGGCAUGCAGACGACUACGAGACCGACAUGCUCCCGAAGAACUGGUCGCGCCGCCGCGACAUCGAGAAGAACCUGCCGGGUCAAAAGGACAUCGUCGUCGCGAGCCAGGCGGACAGCCCAGCCACUGACCUGGCGGGGCCGACGACAGCUGGCCAGGAACCGCCGGUCGUGCCCGAGAAGCGCAAGGGGUCGAUGAUCGAGGACGAGGUCAAGCGACUCAAGCAGUCUGUCUGCCCCGUGCCCGCCACGCCAGACGCGCACAUCAACCCAUGCGCUGCACAGUAUGGCAAUCCGCGCAACACUUUUAUCGCCCAGGCGGGGUUCUACGGUGAAGAGCUCCUCAGGAACAGAGAGCAGAUUGCCUCCGUGGCGGACGAAUCGAGACGCGAGAUCGAGAGAUUGAAGGCCGAUUUCGAAGCAAAGCUUGAGAGGUUACGAGGCGAGUUUAUGGAGGGAAUGGCCCGUGCCCACGGACAAGUUGAAGCCAAGACGGUCGAGGCGGCGGAACUCAGAGCUGAGAAACAGGAGCUACACGAUCGGUGCCAGAUGGCCGAAACUCGAAAUCAGGAAACCGAAGCUUGGGUUCAGGAGAUCGAGAGGCGGGUUCGAAAGAUCGAAACUCGGCUUCAAGCGGUCGAGACGCGCAGCCAGGAGAUCGAUAUUCAAGUCGACGCGAUGGACAAGGCGGCGGUUGAGGGAUUCCGAGCCAUUGUCGCCCAGCUUCCAGGUGCACGAAUUUAUGCGCCUCCUCUUCCUGAUAAGGCGCCGCGUUCGUGA